AGCACUGAGAUUAACUCCGAGGACUCCAGCGAAGGACUUACACACAGGAUGGUGGGAGCUUCAGACUGCCUUGUGAAAUCUACCACCAGAGUUGGAAAGGUGUCCAAGCCGAUCAUGGAGAAGAAACGAAGGGCGCGGAUCAACAGGUGCCUGGACCAGCUGAAGACGCUGCUCGAGAGCUACUACACGACCAAUAUUCGGAAGCGCAAGCUGGAGAAGGCCGACAUUUUGGAAUUAACCGUGAAACAUCUCAGAAGUCUUCAGAAGAUUCAAAGCUGUUCUUCCAAGACCUCCGGCUUCUCUGACUACCAAGCCGGCUUCCACAGCUGUUUGGCCAAUGUCCACCAGUACCUGUCGCUGGGGGACCAGGUCCAGGGGAGCGAAGGCUCGGCGUUAUCGCACCUCGUGUCCAAGAACGUGUACUGCGCCGAAGGGCCGCGUGAGGCCUCCAGCACCUUGGACAGCGACACGGGAACGGUGGUGGCGCGAGACGGCGCGCGCCAGCGCCUGCUUCCCGCUCUAAACGCCACCGACUCGAGGAGAAGAACCGCCAACACGGCCGUAGGGUGUUUCGGAGCCACGAAAACAAACAACACGAGCACAUCUCUCCAGUCCUACGAAACUCUUCCGGUUGAGGUCAAAGCGGAAGGACAGUCUUUCGUCCUCAAACAAGUUAUUGGGAUCCUCCCGAGCAACACACCAACAAAGUCCAAUAAAGUUUUCAGUGUUUGUCACGGCAGUCCCAGGGACGGGGAAGCGAGUAUUCAGCAAAGCAUGUGGCGGCCGUGGUAGAAUUCACUGAAAUGGACUAUUGACCGUGAUCUAAUGUAUGAUUUUGUAUUUUUGUAUUGUAUAGUGAACUGUAAAAUGAUAUGCAUGUAAAAUAGAUGGUUUAUAAUGAAUAAAAA